CCAUACUAAACUUAUUUAUCAUGGCUAUAAAUAACCUCUCAAAAUCAAACAAAACCAGAAAAACCCUAAAACCAGAAAAUCAUGGAUUUCACAAGCAAAUACCAACUGAUAUUCCGUACAGCCAUUUUUAUGCUCUUAAUUCCUAAUUUAAGAGCAAAAGGUUCUCCAUCAAAAUUGGUUCAAGACAUUUGCAGUGAAACACAGGAACUCUCACAAACAAAAUUUGAAGAUUGUGUCAAUGCUCUUGAGAUAGAUCCAAAAACUAACUCUGCAGAUCUCAAAACUCUUGCCCAUAUUAGCCUCCAAUUAGGGAUUUCUAAGGCCAAUGAUACCCAAACUUUUAUUGGAAAUCUUCUUACAAGCAAUAAAAAUCAUGCUUUGCAGACUUGCUUGUUUUGGUAUCAAGCUGUGAUUGCUUCAUUUAAAAGUGCAGAUAAAGAAAUAGAAGAAGAUCCUCUUACUGCUAAUUACGAUGCGAAAAUUGCUGGUGAUGAUGCUAAAGAAUGUGAAGAUGAAUUGACAAGAGAAAAAGCUCAAAUCCCAUCUACUAUUACUACUAAUAUUACUACUAGAAAUAAUUUGGUUCGACUUUAUAGUUUUAUUUCAUUUGUUAUCACAAAUCGUCUUUGAUACGUCAUGGCCUGAAUUGGGCCAAGCACGAUAAAUAAAAUAAUAUAUUUUAGUGUUUUGAUAUUUA